AUGAAGAAUAAUAAUAAACAAUUAGAGAACUCAGAAAGUUCAAAGUACCUACAAGGUUGCCCAUUGCUGGUACCAUUAUUGGAUGCAAGAGCAAACGAAUAUUGGCUAUUUCAUGGUUCUGAUUCUAAAAUACUACCAACUUUAUUAAAGACUGGUUAUGACCCUCGAGUGUCAAAUGUAGAUGGAAUGUUUGGAGGUGGAUUUUAUUUAGCAGAAAACUCAAGUAAAUCUAAUCAAUAUAUUCCAUGCCCUGGUUGUGCACAAAAUUGUAUAUUACGUGAGCCUCAAUGUAAAUGUAAUAAUCAAGAAGAUUUCGAAUUUUCAAUUAUUCUUUAUCGAACAAUAUUAGGAGAUGUGCAUAUAGUAAAACAAUACAAAAAAGAUAUUUAUCGUGGGAUAGAUAAACAUCAUCCUGUACGUCGACCACCGAAAAAACAAAAUUUAGAAGAAUUGUACGACUCUGUAAUGGGCGAAUGUAAAAAAUACGGUGGAGACCGAUUAAAUUAUCGUGAAUUUAUUAUAUAUGAUGGUGGCCAAGCAUAUCCUGAAUAUGAAGAAACUAUUCGAUUUGUAAAAGAACUUCAUACAUACCCUGAAAUGCCGACCAAAGGCGCUGCAAAUACUCGAUUUGGGAAAAAAUUAGUAUCGAUGUUUACUAUGGCUAAACCACCAUUAAAUCAAGUAAGUGAUUUAUCAGUAGUUAAAAAUCAAUCUCUAACAUCAGAUGGGAAAGAAUAUAUUCUUCAUGCAUCAAUAGUUCGUUCAUCUCAAUUACGUUGA